AUGGCUCUUAUUGCUAGUAUUGCACUUCUGUUCCUUUGUAGUGCUGCAACUUUCCCGACUUCACUUCUUCCACCGCAUCGCGCUAAUACCUCACUUCUUUCAGCCUUACUCCCAUCCAACCUACGCCUGCAACCACCGGUAGUUCAACACUUUCCUCUGGCUUUUCUAUCUCUGGAGAUUGUUAGCUUGUCAAGUUUAUUAGCAAGAAGGAACCAGUGUUUGGUUGCAGAGUCUGUUAUUCACUCAAUUGUGAUGUUUAUACCACAAGUCCGACGGAUCGCUAAGAAACAUUCUUGUGGUUCCACAGCUUGGCGGACUCAACAAGAGAAGGCCCUUCAAAGCAAACGUAACCAUCUAAUGCGUAAAUUUACAAUAGAAAAUAUCCGCAACACCUAG